AUGACUGCUCCGAUUAACGUUUUGUCGUCCAGAAGGACAGUUUUACUAGCAGUAUUGGCUAAGCAUGAACAGUUUUUGGCAGAAUUUGACCCGGAACGGGAUGCAAUCGAAAUCAACAUUCGCAUUGCAAAGGUCCAGAAGCUUUCCGUUGAUUUGGAAGCAAUUCAGGCCAGAUUGGAAGAUGCGGCGGCCACCGAGGAAGUGAUAAGUCACAAUGCCGCGUUACGAGACGAUUUUUCCUCGCGUUUGAUACGCCUUGAAGCCCAUUUGAAGGCUAAACGGGUGCACGCUCCGCGAUCCGCAAGCACAACACCAAACACUAACCCGUUGGCAGAUAGUGCCUCCCAGCCAGAUUUGAUGAGUAGCCGUUUUGCUAACCGGCUAGGUAUCAAAUCGGGCACGGUCGAUAUCACGCUGAUUGGUGCUGGUCAAUCGUCCAUCCCGGUGCGGAAAUCGAUGCGUACCACGGUAUCAUCUAGAGCGAGCCCUUAUGCGAUUAACGUUGAGUUUUUGAUAGUCGAGAUGCUUAUUGCUGACCUGCCCGCACAUGAUGUGCCCACCAGCGGCUGGAAAUUACCGCCACAUAUUAUAUUCGCCGACCCCCAUUUCGAGAAGUCGGCACCGAUCGACAUUAUUCUCGGUGCCCGGCACUAUCACACGUUCUUUGUAAGCGGGGCGCAAUAUAAAAUGUCAUCGAAUCUACCAGUCCUGAUGGAGAGCGUAUUUGGCUGGGUCGUGAGUGGAUCAGCAUCUACCUCUCAGCCAGCAACAUCCAAUACUUUUCACACUUCAUCCGUGGUGUGUAUGGUUUCACUAGAAGAAUCAAUAGAGCGUUUCUGGAAAGUAGAAGAACUACAGGUUAAUGAUGGCUAUUCUCCUGAGGAUCGCAAAUACUUCGAUGAUAAGCUUGGCCUUUCGAAGGCAGCAGCAAGGCGGUUUAGUUUGUUAGAAAGGAGGUUAGAACGAGAUCCAAACGUAAAAGCGGCGUACCAUGAUUUCAUGCGUGAGUAUCUGGAGCUUGGGCACAUGUCACGCAUAAAAAAUCCCUCCGACGACGAACGCGCGUAUUAUCUGCCUCACCAUCCCGUGUUCAAAGCCGCUAGCUCCACAACAAAGGUUCGCGUGGUAUUUGAUGGUUCAGCUAAGACGUCCACCGGCUUUUCGCUUAACGAGGCGUUAUGCGUCGGCCCUGUCGUGCAGGACGAUCUGCUCGACAUAAUUUUGCGCUUCAGCACAUAUAAGGUAGCCGUUGUUGGAGAUAUUGCGAAAAUAACAUUGCUGCAGCUUGCAAACGAUGAGGGCGCCUCUUGUCCCAAUGCUGCAGCUGCUUUGAAAACUAACUUCUACGUUGACGAUUUCAUCGGUGGUGCUGAUUCCAUCGGAAAUGCUCGCCAGUUGCAAAUCGAGCUUUCUCAAUUGCUCGCCAAAGGCGGCUUCGAGCUGCGAAAGUGGACAUCCAAUCAGCUCGAGGUGCUCGCCGGUUUAAAUGCGGAUCAAAUCGGCACACAGUCAGCGCGGCAAUUCUUACCACACGAGACGGUAAAGGCUCUUGGUGUUUCAUGGGAGCCAGAGCAUGACGUUUUAUCCUUCGAAUCCGCAACAGCCAGUGAUGUGUCCAUUCCGACAAAGCGAUCCAUUCUAUCAAACGUAGCUCGCAUGUUCGAUCCGCUGAGCCUGAUCUCCCCGAUUGUCAUUCGGGCCAAGAUGAUGAUGCAGCGAUUAUGGUUGCAGAAAGCUGGUUGGGACGAGUAUGUUCCAGAUACUAUCUGUAAGAAAUGGAAAACAAUACAAGAGGAUUGGCAACUCAUCUCUGAAUUCAAGGUUAGUCGUUAUGCGCUUCUACCUGGUGCGCGUAUUCAGCUACAUACCUUCUGUGAUGCAUCGGAGGCAGCAUAUGGAGCCUGCAUUUAUGCGCGUUGUGAAGGCGAAGGUGGGCAGAUUCGCAUAACGUUGCUUUCUUCCAAAUCGCGUGUGGCACCGCUCAAGCGCGUCACACUACCCCGCCUUGAACUAUGCGCUGCUGUAUUAGGAGUACACCUGCAUCACCGAGUAAAGAAGGCGAUGGAGAUCAACGUUGCAGAAUCUUUCUUUUGGUCGGAUUCCACCAUCACCUUAACCUGGAUCAGCGCCACACCCAACACAUGGGCAACGUUUGUAGCUAACCGGGUAUCUGAAGUGCAGCAUUACUCACACCCGCGGCAGUGGAGACAUGUACCCGGCGCGUCUAAUCCUGCUGACCUGGUUUCACAAGGCAUGUCAGCCGCUGAUUUCCUGAAAAGCAAACUGUGGAGCUUCGGUCCGGAUUGGCUAUCUUUGCCCGCUUCCAUCUGGCCCAACUCUAACCCGGAACCAGCCAACGAAACGAAUCUAGAGAUUCGCCAGCUACAAGCGAUUGCUGCGUAUCGUAUCAUACUGCAUUCGCUUCACACGUAA